AUGGUCCUGGUCCUGCUGGUGGCCAUUCCCCUAUUGGUCCACACCACGAAGGGGGGAGGGUCGGGGGGAGGGGGCACGCAUUAUGAGAUGCUUGGGAGCUGCAAGAUGGUGUGUGACACUUUCACCCCCCCACAGGGAGAGCUGACAGCCGUCUCCCCUCAACCCCCAGACUUCCCCAACCGCAGGGGCAAACAGGGCUUCAGAGGGAGCCCCGGACUUCCUGGUCCUCCAGGUCCUAAGGGGCCCCCCGGAGAGCCUGGUAAGCCCGGCCCACCUGGUCCACCGGGGCCUGGACCCGGCGGUUAUGGCCCUUCCUUCUACAGUCCUAAAAUUGCCUUCUACGCCGGCCUCCGGAAACAACACGAAGGGAGUGAAAUACUGAAGUUUGAUGACGUGGUCACCAACGUGGGGAACUACUACGAGCCGAGUACUGGCAAGUUCACCUGCCCUCUGCCUGGCAUCUACUACUUCACCUACCACGUCCUGAUGAGAGGCGGUGAUGGGACGAGCAUGUGGGCCGACCUGAAGAAGAACGGGCAGGUGAGGGCCAGUGCAAUCGCUCAAGACGCAGAUCAGAACUACGACUACGCCUCCAACAGCGUCAUCCUGCACCUGGACGUCGGGGACGAAGUGUGCGUACAGCUGGACGGGGGCAAAGUUCACGGAGGAAACACCAACAAAUACAGCACCUUCUCCGGCUUCCUCAUCUACCCCGACUGA